AUGGCAGGCAUUGUCGGUCGUCCCUUGAACCGGUUCCGCAAGCCUGACUCUUACAAGCCGCUCCAUGAACGAUGGGGCGAUGUCACCAUCUCUGCUCCAACAGAUGGAUCAUGGAAUCAAUUUGACAAUCCUCAUCAAGAAGCCCACCGUACCCGGGCAUACGGUCCGGGAUUCGUUCCCGACCAUCCUCCCAGGGCCCCCCACGCCGACGAUCACGCGCCUCAGUCAACCAAGAACACCACUCCAUCCCGACAAAGGCCUUUCUCCAUGAGUACCUUGAAUCCUCGCCGCCUCUCAGUGCGUCUGGUGCCUCGGUCCAAACAGUCCGCGGAUAGUCAUCCCGGCAACGAUCGUGGUGCCUCGGAGCGAAGGACCGAGUUCGCAUACAAGCCCAUCCAUCAGGACUAUCCCACCGAGGUGGCGGAGCAUGUCGCCACGCAGGAUCACCCUUCUCCUCGAUUCAAGUACAUCCCUGCUGGAACGAAAUACCCGGAGGAUCGGGCGGCGUCGCCAAUUGCGUGCUCUCGCUCGCGGGACGACGUUCAUAGCGGAUUUUGCGGUAGACGGGACCGACGUACAUCCCACCCAGAUGAUGUCUCUCAUACGUAUCAGGGGGAAGAAGAAGAAGCGAAUGUCGAGAUACUUGACGACGACUAUGGUGCCUGA